CGGUAAGUGAGACAGGAAGUAAUCAACUCCAUCGUAGAGAGAAGAAUUUUAGGUGCUGAUAUUGGUCACAGAGAAAAAUGCCUUGGGGCUGGAGGAGAAAAAGCUGGAACUGGGGAGGUGGUUAUGGGUCUUCCAAGAGUAAGAAGAGUAAAUCCAAGAAAAACAGAAGUUACUAUUCCAGCAGAGCAGAAGAGAAUUAUUUGGCGAGUUUACAGUGGCCAAGUUUUCCUCUGUAUGAAGAUUCUGUAGCAUCAAUUGUUGAUCUAACAACAAGCGAUGAUAUUGGUGACGAUGAGUUAGAUCAUCAGAUAUUGUUCGGUAGUGUCAGGGGUAAUGUUGUUGGAUUACAGUAUUAUUCAGGCAUGGUUAGUGGCCAUGAAAUGGUAUCAUUAGUAAGAGAACCAGAAAAUAGAUAUGAUCACAAUGCUAUUAAAGUAAUAGAUGUAAUGGGUCACCAAGUUGGACAUAUCAAAAGAGAAUUAGCUGCACCACUGUCUAAUAUAGUUGACGGAAACAUUGCCAGAAUAGAGGGAGUGGUACCAUAUGGUCAAAAUAAUACUUAUAGUAUGCCUAUUGACAUCUCCUUAUGGGGUAGAGCUGAAAAAAGAGAAGAAGCUAGUCAGAAACUUAGACGAUGUGGAUAUAUGUUGAAGGAUCCUGAAUAUGGUGGUAAUAAAUCAUCAGGUAGUGGUAGUAGUACUAGUACAUACAAACCAAAGGCUUCAUAUGGACCAGCUAUUGCCUUGUCAACAGAGCAGAUGAAAAAUGAAUUAGAUAAGUUAUUUGAUGACAACAAAGACUUUGAUCAAACUAUUACUGAUCAACCCGCUGAUGCUAUAGCCACCACAUUGUUUCCACACCAAAAACAAGCAUUAGCAUGGAUGAAGGCUAGAGAAAAUAAUGAAGAUCUUCCACCAUUCUGGGAAGAAAAGAAUGGCAACUUUAUUAACAGUUUAAUCAAUUUUAAAACUUCAAAAAGACCAUCAUCUUUACAUGGUGGUAUUUUAGCUGAUGAUAUGGGAUUAGGAAAGACAUUAGAGAUGAUUUCACUAAUAAUGAGUAAUUUCUAUGAUGCUAAACCUUUGGCAGUACCUGUGGUUGGAUUGGAAAAAGACUCCAAGAAAAAGAGGAAUGGGAAGAAGAAAACUAAGAAAACAAGUUCAUCAUCUGACAAUGUUGUAGUCACAUUAGAUUCUGGUGAUGAGUCUGAGACUGUAGAAUCUGGAAAUGUGAAAGAAGAAGAGAUCAUAGAGGAUGAGUCUGAUAUUAGUGGUGUGGAUGAACCAUUAGUUGCUAUGACAUCUAAAGAAGAUCCUGCAUAUAGCCCACAUUUGGUGAAGACUGCAGCAAAGACCUUAUCACCAGUUGUCAUAACAAGUAGACCAACCAGGACAAAAAAGAAACCUGUCAGGUAUACUUACAGCAUAAGACUAAACCAGUCUAGGAAUAAUUCAAGAGGUAAAGGCAAAAGAAAGACUAUUAUGAAUGAUGAAGUCUGUGAAGAUAUGGAAAUCACAAAUAGUAACAUAUCAAAGAAAUGUGUAUCCCAGGGAAAAGGAACCAAGAAAGGAAAGGGAAAAGGAAAAGGAAAAAGUGUGAAAAAGAAAACUGAUAUUGCAGAUGAAAAAACUGUUUGUAUUAUACCUUCUACAGUAACUGAGAGUUGCAUACCUUCUACAGUCACUGAGAGUUGCAUACCUUCUACAGUCACUGAGAGUUGCAUACCUUCUACAGUAACUGAGAGUUGCAUGCCUUCUACAGUAACUGAGAGUUGCAUACCUUCUACAGUAACUGAGAGUUGCAUACCUUCUACAGUAACUGAGAGUUGCAUACCUUCUACAGUUAAUAGUAGUGUAUCACAGCUGAGUAAUAUAAGUACUGCUUUAUCAAAUACUUCCACUGCCACAGCCUCAAAGCCAGGAUGUUCAAAUCAAGAAUAUUUUAUUGUUGAUGAUGACGAUGAUGAUGAUUACCUUCCAGAUCCACAGUUACUACAUGCUGAUCUGGCUGUGGAUCUCACUGGGAAGGUUCCUGCAAAGGGACCAAGACCAGCACUUAUUGUAUGUCCAUUGUCUGUACUAUCCAAUUGGCUUGAUCAGUUUGAGGAGCAUGUGAAGCCUAAUGUUGAUGUUAGGUUGUAUACAUACUAUGGUAAUGAGAGAACCAAAUUUUCUCACAUCUUAUCUCAACAAGAUGUGGUUCUCACUACUUACAAUACAUUAGCUAUGGAAUUCAAAACUUUAUCGGGAAAAGGACCAAUUCAUACAACAGAUUGGUUGAGAGUUGUGCUUGAUGAAGGUCAUUGUAUUAGAAAUCCUAAAGCACUCCAAACUAAAGCUGCAUAUUCUUUAAAGUCACAAAGAAGAUGGGUAUUGACUGGUACACCAAUCCAGAACUCCAUGAAAGAUUUAUUCUCUGUUAUAUCAUUUCUGAGACUAGAACCAUUGAAUGAAAGACAAUGGUGGCAGAGAACCAUAGAGAGACCUAUUCAACAUGGUAAUAAAGCUGCAUUAAUUCUUGUACAGAGACUAAUGAAAGGAAUAGCAAUGAGACGUACAAAGACUCAAAAAGUUAAUGGUAAACCACUGGUAGAACUGCCAGAUAAGAAAGUCUUUUUACAAACUGUUGAACUAUCUGAUGAUGAAAGAGCACUGUAUGAGACAAUGGCUAAGGAAGGCAGAGUUAAAAUUGGAAAGUACUUCAGAGCUGGUACAUUAUUAGCCAACUAUGGUGAUGUCUUGGCUAUACUUCUCAGACUUCGACAACUAUGCUGCCAUCCUGGUCUUUGUGCUGCAGCGGUGGCAGCCGCAGCGGCUGCUGUCACUACAGAUAAUGGAGAUGGUUCAAUUAGUGAAGAACAAAGAGAAAAGUUGGUUAAGAGUUUAUUAGCUGUAUUAAACCAAGGAUCAGAUGAAGAGUGUUGUAUAUGUUUGGACUCACUCACAUUGCCAGUUAUAACACAUUGUGCACAUGUAUUUUGUAAAAUGUGUAUUGAAAGUGUUAUAAAAAAUGAGCAGAACGUCUGUAUCAGGUUUGAUCUAGAUUAUUUCAUGCCAAGAUACAGCUGA